CUGCCCCUUUUUUACAGCACAAAAAUGGCUAUCGGUAACCUUGCUAAUAGAUUCGGUAUCCCAGUCCUUAUUCCGGGUGGCAGAUUCAAUGCCCGUAUGCUCCGUGACCAUUUCAAGAGGCAGCAGUCCGCCGAGCACGAAGUCACCGUCAACGCUUUGAGAUACAUCUCCAGAAACACAACCUUGCCACCAAGAGCUAGAAUCGAGGCCCAGUUGCAAAUGGCAGCUAUGCCAAACUACACCAAAAUUAUGAGCACCAAAAACAGAUGUACCCUUUCUGGCCGCGGUCGCGCCGUUUUCCGUGCCUUCAGGUUGAACAGAUUCACUUUCAGACAGUUGGCCAGAGCCGGUAAGCUUUCCGGUGUUAUCAGAGCUAUGUGGUAGACCGCCCAGCUUUACAGGUUGGAUCACCACACAUUUCCCCAUGUUAUCUCAGCCUGGCUAUAUAGCUUUGGCUAGCUGCGAUCGGUCUGUGAAGAGAUACUGCCAUCGCUUGGGCGUUACAUCUAUUCUCCCUUUCCGCUCCCUUUGAUGACACCCGUCAAAUUUGUACAUAUUUAGGACAUAUCCGUAUCUAUGGGUAUUAAUCACAUCUGCUUAUACUAGAAACACACACGCAUUGUAUGAAACAGACACGAUUUAGGUAAUGGAU